AUGGUCCUCACCGCCGUAGAGCAGCCACGCGUCGAGGCUCAACCUCAGGUACCGCAGCGCGCCUUUCUCGUCGCCCUUGGCCAGCAGUACCUGCGCCACCGUCUCACAGUACCCGCCCAGCUGAGGGGAGAUGCGCUCGACCUCGACGAUCUCCAUCAUCUCCUCGGCGAUGGCGUGGACCUCUUCCGCGGUCAGCUCUUUGUGGGCGUGCAUCAGCCGCCCGCGCAGGCCGCCCAGCCGCUCGCGGUACCGGUCCGAGAGGUCGUUCUCCGCGGGCGUCGAGCACAAGGCGCAUGUGCAGGCGAAGCCCCAGGCGCGGAUCUGCCCGGCGCGCUUAUCGUGAUCUCUUCCCCCGACAUGAUGUCCCGCAUGGCACCGACGUCCAUGGUCAAGUCGGACGGGUGA